UUUUUUUUUGCUUGUGUCUUUUUGUCCUCUACAGGAGCUGCUGAUCCAAAGGCCUUUCCUUAGCGAUCCCUAGCCACCUGUAGUAUCAAGAUCAAGAUACAUUCGUGUUGAGUCUCUCACAACAUUGACUCUACUUCAUAUCAAAGUGUAUGAUGAUUGUCUCACGUUCCCUACAUGGUAAUGAAGAGUUUUUGCAGACUUGAGCUGUUAAUGAAGUUAUGCGAAGAAACCCUGUAAGCAAACAGUGAAAUGGAUUCAUCUUUGGGUUCACCUCAUUCCUUCUACCCUGGACCCCACUCCUCAGUUGGGGCAAUGGCAGAGUUGGCUUCUUUGACCCGACCUGACUUGGAAGAUCUACUAGCCUGCGAGGACAAGCUAACAGAAUUUGUGGCAACCUUACCUCAGAUGGCAGCUGCCAGAAAUCAGUGUGACCAACUGGCAGCUCAGAAUGAAGCCAUUGCCAAAGCCAGCCUGGAGCGUAGCAAUGAGUAUGAGCGCAGUCGUGAUGCCACCAUUAGGAAGAUGGAAGAAUUGAAUACUCUGCGAACAAAGUUUGAGGAAAUGACAGUGGCUCAACAAGUGGCCUCAGAAAAGUUGGCUCCAGGAAAUAUCCAGGAGAGCCUGCUGAUCUGUGCUGUUCAAUCUGAGGAGGAAAGUGAGAAGAUUGCUGAAAAUUUCCUACAGAAGCGCAUUGAUGUUGACGCUUUCCUUGGAGAGUAUUUGGAAAAGCGGAUAGAAACACACUUGAGGAGAUUCAAAGGAGAGAGACUAGGGGCUCAGCUGCAGGAGUUACACAAGGCUGGCUUCUGAUGCAUGCAUAGGAAGGAACUCAGAAUCAAUGUGCAGAAUGUGGGGGCACUAUAAAUUAUGAUUCUUCAAAAAAUUUGCCUUUGAAUUAUAGAUCUGUGUUGAAUAUAAUUAUUUAGUUUUCACUAUAUUUGUUUGAAAUACCAUACUAGUGAUGUAGAGAGAGAGAGAGAGAGAGAGAGAGAGAGAGAGAGUAAAUAACUUAGUUUUCAAUAAAUAAGUAUUUAUUUUCCACUGUGAUCUAAAAGGGAUGAUAAUUCUCUGAUUCUUCCUGUUUUGUCUGUAAUUGAAGAAAAGUCCAUGUAUGUUUCAUUUUGUGCAAGAGUCAAUGUGUGAUCCAAUUUUUGCAUUAUUAUAUUUUACUUCAGCCUUUGUGACCACUUUGUAUAAAAGGUUGGUAUUGAGAGUAUAUUUCUGUGUAUGAGAUAGAUUUGAGUACUGUUCUGAACUUGGUGUUUGGAAACAUUAUAGUGAUUUAUUUGCUUGUAUUUCAUCUAUAGUCUUAUAUAUAAAGAGUAAAUUUUAGUUAAGAAAUGUAGAAUGAUUUUAAACACAUUCUUUAAAUGUAAUGGUCCAUAUUAACAUAUCAGUUGUGAUUUUUGUCUUCAUGGCUUCAUUAUAAUGAUAGCUUUAUACUUGUAUAUUAUAAGUGAUACAUGUGUGUUAUUCUUUACUUAAAUUUUCAUAAUGUAAUGAUAGAUUAUUAAAUAAGAAGAAAGUGUA